CCUUCGUUCCAAUCAACAACCUUCCUCUGCUUCAGUUCUCUCACCUGCAUUCUAAAGCAGCUGGUUGAGAACUUAAUUGAACUUCCUCUUUCUCUUUCACUUUCACAUCAUCAAUGGCCAGCUUAGAGGUCUCCAAAGAGAAACAGUUCAAAGAAGAACCAGAAGAGUUCACUCUUGAUGGAAGUGUUGAUUGGCAUGGCCGCCCUGCAAUCAGAGCCAAAUCUGGGAGAUGGGUUGCUGGAACUAUCAUACUAUUGAACCAAGGUCUGGCAACCUUAGCAUUCUUUGGGAUCGGAGUGAACCUAGUGUUGUUCCUGACAAGGGUGUUGGGCCAAAAUAAUGCUGAUGCUGCUAACAAUGUGAGCAAGUGGACUGGCACAGUUUAUAUUUUCUCUCUUGUGGGUGCUUUCCUUAGUGAUUCUUAUUGGGGAAGAUACAAAACUUGUGCCAUCUUUCAGGUCAUCUUUGUAAUAGGUCUAGUAUCCUUGUCCCUUUCAUCAUACCUCGCCUUGCUUAGACCUAAAGGUUGUGGGAAUGAAACAAUUCAAUGUGGGAAACCAUCAAGCUUGGUGAUGGGGAUGUUCUACCUCUCAAUCUAUCUCAUUGCCUUAGGGAAUGGAGGAUAUCAGCCAAAUAUUGCCACGUUUGGGGCUGACCAGUUUGACGAAGAACACUCAAUGGAGGGUUACUCAAAGGUGGCCUUUUUUAGCUAUUUCUACCUGGCUUUGAAUCUUGGUUCACUCUUCUCAAACACCAUUUUGGGCUAUUUUGAAGAUGAAGGAAUAUGGGCUCUUGGGUUCUGGGUCUCUGCAGGAUCUGCCCUUGCAGCCCUUGUCUUAUUUCUUGUUGGGACACCAAGAUAUAGACACUUCAAACCCACUGGCAAUCCUCUUUCUAGGUUCUGCCAAGUCCUUGUUGCUGCAUCAAAGAAAUGUAGAGUUCAAAUGGCACCAAACGGAGAGGACUUAUAUGUCAUGCAUGAAAAGGAAUCUUCCACCAGAAAGAUUCUCCACACCCAUGGGUUCAAGUUUUUGGAUAGGGCAGCAUUUAUAUCCUCUAGAGAUAUAGAUGAACAGAAAGGUGGCCUUUAUAACCCCUGGAGUCUCUGCCCUAUAACUCAAGUUGAAGAAGUGAAGUGCAUACUAAGACUUCUUCCAAUUUGGCUCUGCACCAUAAUAUACUCAGUGGUUUUCACACAAAUGGCUUCUCUUUUCGUGGAGCAAGGUGCCGCAAUGAAAACUACUAUUUCCCAGUUCAGAAUACCACCAGCAAGCAUGUCUAGCUUUGAUAUCCUCAGCGUAGCUAUCUUCAUUUUCUUCUACCGUCGAGUCAUUGAUCCACUUGUGGGAAAACUUAAAAAGACAAGUUCCAAGGGUCUUACUGAGCUUCAGAGAAUGGGAAUUGGGCUUGUUAUAGCUAUAGUAGCAAUGGUUUCAGCUGGAAUAGUUGAAUGCUAUAGGCUUAAGUAUGCAAAACAAGGAUGUCCACACUGCAGUGGCUCAAGCUCUCUAAGCAUCUUGUGGCAAAUUCCUCAGUACGCACUUAUAGGAGCUUCUGAGGUUUUUAUGUAUGUAGGGCAGUUAGAGUUCUUCAAUGCUCAGACACCAGAUGGGUUAAAGAGCUUUGGAAGUGCACUUUGCAUGACAUCCAUCUCACUUGGUAACUAUGUGAGUAGCUUACUUGUUAGUAUGGUUAUGAAGAUCUCCACCGAAGAUCACAUGCCAGGGUGGAUCCCUGGAAACCUAAACAGAGGUCACUUAGAUAGGUUUUUCUUCCUCUUAGCUGCCAUGACAUCAAUAGACCUGGUCGUUUACAUUGCAUGUGCAAAGUGGUUCAAGAGUAUACAGCUUGAAGGGAAAUAUAACGAGAAUGAUGAACCUGGUAACUUCAAAGUCUAAUUUUUAAUUGACAACAAUCAAAGGCAAUGGUAACAACAUAUAUAUUAAAUAAGAGAAUGAAGGGAGCAGCUAGUCAAAAUAACUUCGACUAUAGUUGGCUAGUUUGUUUGUAGUAAGAGAAGCCCUUUUUACCCGAGUCUCUUAUAACUGUAAUCACUCUUUUUUUGUUACAUGUUACUGAGAUUUUCAGUUCAUGGUCUUGAAUCCCAGGUUGUGUAAAACUAAACAUUUUGAAGAGACAAUGACAGUUCCAGGGCCACUUUCUGUGUUUGUAAGUUUCAUUGCUAAUGAUAAAAUAUGUAAUUUUGAU